UAUAGAGGGAGGAGGCAGAUAACUGAACAUUGUGUUCAUGGAAGGUUUGUGCCACGUACUUGGUAUUCCUUCCAUCAGUUUUAGGAAGCUCACUGUACUUCGUGGAAAUGUUUAAAUUAGCUUUUUAUGCAAUUUGUAAGUGAGCUAUUGCCUCUCGAAAUGAUUCUUUUUUCAAUUUGUUUGCUAUUCCCCUCACUGUUUGUCAGUGGAAGGAAAUUGCCCGAGCCUGAAGUCAAAAUUGAAGUUCUACAUAAUCCUUUAAUAUGUUACCGCAAGUCAAAAUAUGGAGACAUGCUUCUUGUUCAUUACGAGGGAUUUCUGGAGAGUAAUGGCACCAUGUUUCAUUCCAGCCGCAAACACGGGGACAACAGUCCAGUAUGGUUCACUCUUGGGAUCCAAGAGGUGCUAAAGGGCUGGGAUAAGGGUCUGCAGAACAUGUGCACUGGAGAACGGAGGAAGCUGACAAUCCCACCAUCCCUGGCGUAUGGCAAGGAAGGAAAAGGCAAGAUCCCUCCAGGUAGUACCCUAAUUUUUGACAUUGAGCUCAUGGAGAUCCGAAAUGGUCCCAGGUCACACGAGUCUUUCAGGGAGAUGGAUCUCAAUGAUGACUGGAAGCUCUCCAAAGAGGAGGUGAAAGAGUAUCUGAAGAAAGAAUUUCAGAAACAUGGAUACUCACCUAAUGACACACAUCAUGAAGUGAUGGUAGAUGACAUCUUCAAAAAUGAAGACGAAGACAAAGAUGGUUUUAUAUCUGUGAGGGAAUUCACCUACCAACAUGAUGAGCUCUAAAGGACUUUUUAUGUUUGUUUUUUUUAACUACCACAGUGUCUUGGAUUUCCUCCAAAACAAUAACAUUAAUAGAAGAAUUGUGAAUGAGUUCCUGGCUGUUUUAUAAGGACCUCUUCCAAGAGCUGGAGUUUUUACACUGCAUUUUAACAUUGUCUUACCUAUGGCUGAACUUGAAUAUGAUCUUAAAAUUGAUAUAUGUUUCAUUCUAUUUUACAUGCACUGAUAGUGUUACUACAGGUGUCUUAAAAUAAGUAUUUUUUAAAUAACUGGGACUUGUUAGUUGUCAGAACAAUCAUCAGAUGAAAAUUGAACUUGUGUAUGCUCUGAGCACUCAGUUGAGCUGGAUUAUAUACAUAUUUUAUCUGGUUCUCUUCAUUAGUCACUAGGGGGUACUGUUGUUCUUUAUCAUACCUUUAACCCACCCCACCCCCCACACAGUUUACCACAAGUGGGCUCAAACCUGUUGCCAUACUGUUUAUGGCAGAUCAAAUUAGCAAAAUAAGCAUGGAGUCAAAUAUACCACUACUUGUUAUCAAGAGUAAGUCGUGAGGAAAUAGCAGUAGGGGUCAGUCACUUACAGCAAAUAAACAGUAGUGCAAGCCUUGCAGCUUAAUUUGUCAGAAGAGGAUGCAAUCUAAACCAUGCCUCCCAAACAGUAAAGGCUACCAACAAACCAUCUGUCACCAUGACAUGUUACAGUACAGUGUAUAAGAGUUACAGUUGCUCCAGUACAUACAGUAGGUGUGUGCAAACUGCACCACAGAGUAAUGCUGUAGCAUAGAGACAGCUGGUACAUUUCAGUUUUGUUGGUUACACAUUUUAGUAACCAACUUUACAGCCAACUGUAUUGUAAUUCUGUCAAGAAUAAAGAAAGCGAUGUGAGAAAUAAUGCUUUCUUUGCUUUGCUAAAAUUACUGUACAUUCUGAAGUAGGCUGAGACACGCCAGUGAUAACACAUUUCAGAGACAGCGACUACCACUGGACUAGUGAGCCAGAGCAUGAACACCAUGGUGCAACCAUGUCUCCUCUCACAAAGAGCACCACUGUUUGUGGAGUUAACAUGGUAUCUGGCAAAAUUCCACCCUGCUGACCACCUACAGGUAAAACUGGAUGAGUGGGAGGGUUAUAUAGCAAGACAGAGACUGAAUAAGAGAUAAGGCAUUCUGGGGAAAACAGCUA